ACAGGACAGUGGCUUCCUUCGUGCAGUCUUCAAACAGGAAAUCUGAGAUUCACAACAUCUUAUAGCUUGGCUUCUCACCAGUGGUCAUGCGGUGGGCCCGAAAUAAACUCCCUGCUUCAAAGGACAGCAUUUCAGAACUGCCUGGCACAGCAGCCAGCAGCUCAGGGCCAGGGCAGAAAGAAAACUCAGGCAGCAUGUUCUGAAUUCAGACACUCUCAAGAAGAUCCUUCCUAUUGCCCCCUGAACCUUUGCUUCUGAACCUAACAGGGUCCUCUGAUUUGCUGUUCCUCCUCCUGCUGAGGGUCUCUUCUGGAGACCGGGGUGAGGGGUGGCAGAGAUGGCGAUGCAGAUCAGUUCUCGGGGCAGACAGCGUGCCAUCGGGAAUGAAGAAUACAGCCUGUACAGCAGCCUGAGUGAGGAGGAGCUGAUCCAGAUGGCCAUCGAGCAGAGCCUGGUGGACAAGACGAGGGGCUCAACCACUACUGGCUCGACCCCUACUGAGGCCACUGGGUCAGCACGGGCCAACAGCCAGCCGGCCCAUUUCUACCCCUGGACCAGGUCCACAGCGCCUGCCGAGAACCCAACGGCCCGGCCCCCGCUGGGUUUGUUCCAGGGGGUCAUGCAGAAAUACAGCAGCAGCCUGUUCAAGACCUCCCAGCCCGCGCCCAUGGACCCCGUGCUAAAGGCCAUCAAGGAAGGUAAUGAAGAGGCCUUGAAGGCCAUGAUCAAGGAUGGGAAGAAUCUGGGGCAGCCCAACAAGGAGGGCUGGCUGCCGCUUCACGAGGCUGCCUACUACGGCCAGCUGGGCUGCCUGAAGGUCCUGCAGCGAGCUUACCCAGGGACCAUCGACCAGCGCACCCUGCAGGAGGAGACAGCUCUGUACCUGGCAACAUGCAGGGAACACCUGGACUGCCUGGCCUCUCUGCUCCAGGCCGGGGCAGAACCUGAUAUCUCCAACAAGUCCCGGGAGACCCCACUCUACAAAGCCUGUGAACGCAAGAACGCGGAGGCGGUGAGGCUGCUGGUGCAGCACCAUGCAGACACCAACCACCGCUGCAACCGGGGCUGGACGGCGCUGCACGAGUCGGUCUCACGCAAUGACAUGGAGGUCAUGGAGAUCCUGGUGAGCGGCGGGGCAAAGGUGGAGUCCAAGAAUGCCUAUGGCAUCACGCCCUUGUUUGUGGCGGCCCAGAGUGGGCAGCUGGAGGCUCUCAGGUUCCUGGCCAAGCACGGUGCUGACAUCAACACACAGGCCAGCGACAGUGCAUCCGCCCUCUAUGAGGCCUGCAAGAACGACCAUGAGGAGGUGGUGGCAUUCCUGCUGUCCCAGGGUGCAGAUGCCAACAAGGCCAACAAGGAUGGCUUGCUGCCUCUGCACAUCGCCUCCAAGAAGGGCAACUACAGGGUUGUGCAGAUGCUGCUGCCCGUGACAAGCCGCACGCGCGUGCGCAGGAGCGGCAUCAGCCCGCUGCACCUGGCCGCCGAGCGCAACCACGACGGGGUGCUGGAGGCGCUGCUGGGCGCGCGCUUCGACGUGAACGCGCCCCUGGCCCCGGAGCGCUCGCGCCUCUACGAGGACCGCCGCACCUCAGCGCUCUACUUCGCCGUGAUCAACAACAACGUGUACGCCACCGAGCUGUUGCUGCUGGCCGGCGCCGACCCCAACCGCGACCUCAUCAGCCCGCUGCUCGUGGCCAUCCGCCACGGCUGCCUGCGCACCAUGCAGCUGCUGCUGGACCACGGCGCCAACAUCGACGCCUACAUCGCCACGCACCCCACCAGCUUCCCAGCCACCAUCAUGUUCUCCAUGAAGUGCCUGUCGCUGCUCAAGUUCCUCCUGGACCUCGGCUGCGACGGCGAGCCCUGCUUCUCCUGCCUGUACGGCAACGACCCGCACCCGCCCGCCCCGCAGCGCACCAGCAGGUUCAGCGAGGCCUACACCGCCGACAAGGCGCCCGGCGUGGUCCAGUUCUGCGAGAUCCUGUCAGCCCCGGAGGUGAGCCGUUGGGCAGGGCCCAUCAUCGACGUGCUUCUGGACUACGUGGGCAACGUGCAACUCUGCUCACGGCUCAAGGAACACAUCGACAGCUUCGAGGAGUGGGCAGUGAUCAAAGAGAAGGCAGAACCUCCAAGACCUCUGGCUCACCUGUGCCGGCUGCGGGUUCGAAAGGCCAUUGGGAAAUUUCGUCUAAAACUCUUGGACACGUUGCCUCUCCCCGGCAGGCUGAUUAGAUACCUAAAAUACGAGAACAUGCAGUAGCAGGCAACAGGAGGAAGGAGUGGCCCCUCUGAGGAUGGCAGCAUCCCCUGUCCCAGGACCCUGGGGACAGAACGAGGCUGCAGGCCACCUCCCUCUCAGCUGGGACAGCAGCUGAGAUGGUGCCCGGUCUGCGCUCUGCUCAGGGUGGAGAGCACAAUGUCCGGUAGGAGAGGAAUCCUGUGUCUUCAAACCACCGAGCUGAUCUCCGACUGAAUGGCAGAGACCUCUGUAGGAUCUGGAAAAGCAGUGGCCACGGAGGUGCCCAGCUUCCUCUUCUAGGAAUGAGUUUGCCUUUCUGGGAGGACCUCGCUUCAGAGCAUUCCCUGCACCCCUCCCUGACUCUGUGAGACUCUCCACCUGACCUCAGCCAGGGAGGGACCUCCAUGCCCGGGGUCCUCUGUGUACAAUAAAUGAUGCACACGUGA